AGAAAGUUAAAACACAAUAAUUUGUCUCAUUUUUCACAAAAUUACUAUCUAAUAAUGUCACACUAAUAAUGUGUUGUGUACAGACAGCUCAUUGUGUUUAGUACUCGACUACAAGUGACCGACUUAAUGUGUUGAGGUGUUUUUUUUUAUUUGUAUAUUUUAUUAUUUAUUAACGUAUUAAAAUGAGUGAUGGCAGAAAACGUUUAAGUGGAAGUGCUUAUAAAAAAGUUGCUAAAUUAAAAUUAGAAAAAGAACAAAAAGUCAUUUCUCAAACCGCAAAAUUAACUUCAUUUUUUGGCAAUCAACGACCAUCAAUCUCCAAUUCGCCAAGUAAAAUAGAGACUACAGCUGAACAGAUUUCAAAUGAGUCUAGUGAUAAAAAUGAGCCUAAUCUUCAGAGUCCUCUUGAAGCCCUAGCAAAUGAAAAUCAAAUAAUUGAAAAUUCGGAAAAACAAUUAAUAAAUACGUCUUCUAUUGCACCAAGUGAACAUCCUCUACAUAGUACUUUUGAAACCAUGGCAAAUGAAAAUCAAUUAAUUGAAUAUUCGGAAUUAUUAAAUACGCCAACUAAAAAACCCAAUCCAACACUUUUUGGGGGGCGGCAAAAUUAAGAGCACCGGGCGGCAAAAUUCCUAAAUGCGACCCUGCAUAAGAGGAUGAUAUAACCUCCUUAUUUCCCAUACUUCUAUGUAUUUCUAAUACCAGCACUAGAUAGAAGGAUACUUGAAAUUCUCGAGGUCACAGAAUAAUUAGUCCGAAAGAAAAGAUUAUAGUAUGCAUACAAAAUUGAUUACAUGGUUCUAAUGAU